UCUCUCACACCUUUCUUUCCUACUACAAUUCUCCUGGUUGAUUUGCUUCGCCGCAAGUACCUUUCUGCGCAUGCGAGCACUUUAUCUUCGAAAUCUGUUUCGGGCCAUCCCCUUCUGCCCGUCAUGGAGCAGACAUAGCUGCGCUCUUCCUAUGGGCAAUCUCCACCCCUGGCGCCAUGUCUUUUCCUCAGCUCCCGCGGUACCUCAGAGCCGAAUGUUUUCCGCCUCAAGGCCAACACGUUCACUUCUAGAUUCAGAUUCCACUAUUUACGCCCUUUCAACUGCGUCCGGUCGUGCUGCCAUUGCAGUUGUGCGAGUAUCUGGUCCAGCAUGUGUGCAGAUAUAUCAAGCGCUAUGUCCAAAAGCGCUGCUUCCGCGACCACGUGUUGCAGCUGUGAGGACUCUGUUCGAUCCCACGCGUGAAUCCUCGAGUAGUAGUGUCCUUGACGCAGGAGCUCUAGUUUUGUAUUUCCCUGCCCCAAAGACGGUUACGGGGGAGGAUGUCCUUGAACUGCAUCUUCAUGGUGGGCCGGCGACCGUUAAAUCUGUACUUGCAGCCAUCUCCCGUACGACUCGAUCAGACCUGCCCGUCCGUUACGCCGAACCUGGCGAAUUCACCCGUCGCGCCUUUAUGAACAACCGGCUGGAACUGCCACAGAUUGAAGCACUUGGCGAUACAUUAUCUGCGGACACCGAACAGCAGCGUCGUCUGGCUGUCCGGGGUGCUAGUGACGCUUUGUCCAGGCGCUAUGAACAGUGGCGGCAGCAACUACUGUACGCACGCGGAGAACUAGAGGCACUGAUCGAUUUUGCCGAGGAUCAGCAUUUUGAUGAGUCUUCCGAUGAGCUGGUACUCUCGGUUGUGUCUCAGGUGCAGACGCUGCGAAUCCAAGUCGGGUUUCAUAUCCAGAACGCCUCCAAAGGGGAACUGCUUCGCCGUGGGAUCAAAAUUGCCCUGCUCGGGGCGCCCAAUGCCGGUAAAAGUUCUCUGUUAAACCAGGUUGUUGGCAAGGAGGCUGCCAUUGUUAGCAAUGAAGAAGGAACCACUCGCGAUAUCGUGGAUGUUGGGGUUGACCUGGGUGGGUGGUACUGUAAGCUUGGCGAUAUGGCCGGAAUCCGCUCCGUGCCUGCCAAGGGGAAAGAGCCUGUUGUGAUCGGGGCUGUUGAACAAGAAGGUAUUCGGCGCGCCAAAGCUCGCGCUCUAGAGUCCGACGUUGUUAUUGUGGUCUUGUCUUUGGAGAAAGGUGCCUCUAGUGGCGUACCUUAUAAGCUACAGGUCGAGCAAGAAGUGGUGGAUGCAGUCAACGACUGUGUCGUAUCUGGUAAGUGCAUCAUCAUUGCAGUCAACAAGUGCGACCGGUUGCCUCUGGAUGACCAGAGUGGUCAGCUCUUGCCACAACCGUUGGUCGCUAGAGUUCGUGAAUUAUUUCCUACUGUGCCGCGAAAGCGCAUCUUCGGCCUCUCUUGCCGUGAGGCGCAAUUAGAUUCCGCGUUAGAGCGGGAAGAUCCGGGCCAUUUGCAAGCGUUCCUCCGCGGGCUUAUCUCUACCUUCGAAGAAGUUGCAUCUCCAUUGGGGAUUGAAGGUGAUGCGAAUGGAGAAUAUGAUGUGUCGUAUUGGGAAGAUUCUCUAGGAGUAACACAUCGACAAAGCUCUAACCUACAAAGAUGCCUCCAACAUUUGAAUGAUUUCGUGACUCAAACUUCCAGAACCAGUAUGCCGCCGGUACCAGGUCAAGAAGGGGACCAGCAGUCUGGAGAAAUGGAAAUCGACAUCGUGACAGCCGCAGAGCACCUGCGCUUUGCGGCUGAUGCACUGGCAAAUAUCACCGGCAAAGGUGAGAGUGGCGAUGUGGAGGACGUUUUGGGGGUGAUAUUUGAGAAGUUUUGCGUGGGGAAGUGAACUGUUGGGGCUGUUUUCAGGAUGCCACUUGCUACCCCUAGUUGACACCCGCCCCAAAGGCCCUAGGGCUUGUUAACGGCCAUCUAUGAUGGGUGCAGAAGAAGCCGUUGGCAGUUUAGGCAACACAUCUCUGCUUCCCAUGGUCAUGCAGGUCAUUAUAACCGCCGCGACCUUGCAUCGAUGAGAAGUCGAACGGACGGUUAAUGCUGGGAGGGACGGUCUGGAAGACUGAGGGAGCGUUAUAACCGCCUCGUCCCAUUGACUGCUUUGUGGAAAUUGAGGGAGAGUUGAACCGGUAUCCUGAUGGCUCCAUGUCCCAGGAUUUUCACUAUUCCAGAAUUCCGUAGGACCAUAUAUGUUGACGUCUAGGCAAGGAGGGAGGUAUGAAAGGCGUUGGGUAGCAAUAGGAAAAAACCAAUGGAAAGACUAGAAUCAUAGAGGCGGACGGGAAGAAGAACGGGGGGAUUUAUUGUAAGGAAGGGAUACAACGUAGGCUUCUGCGAUGUCUUUCUUUCAUACUAUCUAAAUACGUGUCUGAUCAUAUGUCUGCCUCAAGGCAUCCACAACAAACAUUCAUGCUGCCUGUUUAUUUUCUUCCGGUUGAUUCCUGAUUGUUAAGGGUUUCC